GCCGUGCUCUUUUGUUUUGUCAGGGUGCAGGUAGUACCUAAGGUGCGAUGAUGGAAAGUAGAUGCUUCAUCAUGCUCCUUGAAAAGGCCUCCUUGGGGCACUCUUGGCUCACCUGUGCUUAUCUCUCUCUCCUCUCUAGAAUAUGGUAUCAAGUUUUCGUGUUUCUGAACUGCAAGUGUUGCUGGGGUUUGCUGGACGUAACAAAAGUGGGCGCAAACAUGACCUCCUGAUGAGGGCUCUGCACUUAGUGAAAAGCGGCUGCAGCCCGGCAGUUCAGAUCAAAAUCCGAGAACUCUAUAGGCGACGGUACCCCAGGACGAUCGAGGGACUUUCAGAUUUAUCGGCAAUAAAACCCGCGGCUUUCAACUUGGACAGUAGUUCCUCUCCUGUGGAGCCUGACCUGGCCGUUUCUGGCAUUCACACACUCCCUUCCACUUCGGUCACGCCUCAGUCUCCUUCCUCGCCUGUCAGGUCCGUGCUCCUCCAAGACACUAAGUCCCACUUUGAGAUGCAGCAGCCGUCCCCUCCAAUCCCACCCGUUCAUCCUGAUGUUCAGCUGAAAAGCUUACCUUUCUACGAUGUGCUUGAUGUGCUCAUAAAACCCACCAGUCUAGUACAGAGCAGUAUUCAGCGAUUCCAAGAGAAGUUUUUUAUCUUUGCUUUAACACCUCAGCAAGUCAGAGAAAUCUGUAUUUCCAGGGACUUCUUGCCUGGAGGCAGGAGAGAUUACACAGUCCAAGUUCAGCUAAGGUUAUGCCUAGCAGAGACAAGCUGCCCUCAAGAAGAUAAUUAUCCUAAUAGUUUGUGUAUUAAAGUAAAUGGGAAGCUUUUUCCAUUGCCGGGAUAUGCUCCUCCACCAAAAAAUGGAAUUGAACAGAAGCGACCUGGCCGUCCCUUGAAUAUCACAUCUCUAGUUAGGCUGUCGUCAGCAGUGCCAAACCAGAUUUCCAUUUCCUGGGCUUCUGAAAUUGGAAAGAGUUACUCCAUGUCUGUGUAUCUCGUCCGUCAGCUCACUUCAGCUAUGCUUUUGCAGAGGUUAAAGCUGAAAGGUAUCAGAAACCCUGACCAUUCCAGAGCGCUAAUUAAAGAAAAGCUAACUGCAGAUCCUGAUAGUGAGAUUGCUACAACCAGUCUGCGGGUAUCUCUGAUGUGUCCUCUGGGAAAAAUGAGACUGACAAUCCCCUGCCGGGCUGUGACUUGCACUCACCUGCAAUGUUUUGAUGCUGCUCUUUAUCUUCAAAUGAAUGAAAAGAAGCCUACCUGGAUCUGCCCUGUCUGUGACAAAAAGGCAGCUUAUGAGAGCCUAAUACUAGAUGGGCUCUUUAUGGAAAUUCUUAAUGAAUGUUCAGAUGUGGAUGAGAUCAAAUUCCAAGAAGAUGGCUCCUGGUGCCCCAUGAGGCCAAAGAAAGAAGCUGUGAAAGUCUCAAGUUCUCAAUGUACCAAAAUAGAAAGUUCCAGUGUUGUUAGCAAACCCUGUCCUGUGACAGUGGCCAGUGAGGUUAACAAGAAGAAAGUUGACGUUAUCGACCUGACAACAGAAAGCUCUUCUGAUGAAGAGGAAGAUCCUCCUGCCAAAAGGAAGUGCAUAUUCAUGUCUGAAAUACAAGGGAGCCCAACCAAAGGGUUUGUCAAUUUUAAAGGUUCUCAUGUACCAGCCAUCCACUGCCAGAGUGCCCAGCGUGACGACGGUCGAUGCUGUUGCAAUUCCUCCUUCAUUAACAGAGUACCCAGUACCAUUCCAUCACCCACCAAUAUCCAGUAUUUCAUCGGACUUGCCAGACAUACCCUAAAUGCCUAUGAUGUAUUCUUCAACACUGCUGCUAAAUAUCAGACAAAAGGUCUGGAUUUUCUUUCGCUAAUCCCAGUUGAUUCACAGCAGUACUGUCCUCCUAUGUUUUUGGAUAGUCUCACCUCAACCUUAACAAGCAGCACGCCUGGCAGCAUCAUCACCUCAGCCAGCCACCAGGAGAGCAGCACGCUCGUUAGCUCCUCGGGCAGGGCCGAGCCCGAGGCCGGGGUGAUAACCAGCAGCAGCAGCAGCAGCGCUCCUGACAUCAUCUCCCUGGACAUCAUCUCCCUGGACUGACACUCGGGGCAGCACUGGACUCCCGCAGGCAUUGCACAGAGCUGCAGCUCCUCCCUCUGGAACUCCAGCGUCAUCACCCCGGAGGUCAAUCCUGGUGUUUAUUUUGAAAGGAUUUCCCUUCUGGAAAGGGGGGUAAAUUUGUUGAUGCCAGGAGACAGAAGCGAUAGGUUGGAUGGUUGGUUUUGGUUUUUUUGUUUUUUUUUUUUUUCCCCCUGCUCAUUAAGUAGCUGGUGUAGAAAAGGCCCUUGGAGAACAUGUGUUUAUGCUUUUGGUUUGUUCUGGGAGCACUGCCUUUUUCUUGCUAGGUGGAUUCCAUACAUGUUUUCUAAUUUGGUUGUAAGAAACAGCAAUAAUGUAAAAAUUAAUAAGGUUGUGGUUGUUUUUUUUUUUAAUAAAUAAAGGAACUUAAUCACUCUAGAACAACAACCUGGAUAAAGGUGCAGAAGUGUAUGAGUUAGUGAAUUCUUAAUAUUUUCACUGGGGCCUGUAAUAAACUUCAUUAAGACAAUGAAGCUUUGAAAUAGCCAUGAUGUGUUGUUUGUCUUGUUCCCCACCUCCCCCUUACCUGGGGAUAUAUAAGAAACCUCUGUAAAUGGGAUUGUUUGGGGGGGUUUUUUCCUAAUUUCAUGUCUUUCUCAAAUGCAACAAAAUCCUAGGCUGUGACUUCUUCCUCUUUUGUGUUCUUUGGGCUGGGAAGGGGACAGACUAUCUAUGCAAACCCUGCAUCACACGGUCUCUGUGCUGCCAUGUCGGAAUCAGGACACAUCCCCACCACAAAAACUCCAACUGUGCAGUUGAGAGUACAGUUGCUUUCUGUGCCAGCUGUAAGGAGAUAAAAUGGGAAUUAGUUUCUCAAGUGCAAAUGUAUUUGCAAGGAUUUCUUGCUCAUGGUUUCUGUCACUUCAGUAACUGCUGUAUCCCACAUGGGAAUACUGCACUUAGACUGUGGGGGAGGCUUGGCUUUUUGGAAGGCAGAAGCCAUAGCUGCACAAUGUCCCCACCUAAUUGGAAUUAUGUGUUUAGGGCUCAAUGAUGCUUUGUCCCAUGUUUCCUGGCCUCCUGAUUGUUGCUUUUCUACUUCAAAGGGAACAAUUUCCUCCUGUUUUACUCCUCCAAGUGUGCUGCUUUGUUCGUGUGUGUGCAGUGUCUGCCAUACACCUGGGGAUAACCUCAGCAGUACUGUAUGUGGAAGAGGUUACAGACUAGGAAAAACAAGUCAUUUCCAUAGAGCUGGAAUAAUGGUAUUGUCUAUGUAUGCUGACAUAGCAGCUUUUCCAAGUGGUGUGUUUCUGUUGAAUAAAUGUAUUUGAGAUUAUUCCUUCCCUAAUGUGAAGGUUUCACUUUUUUUCCUAAUUUUAUGUUCCUCUUUCGUUAUUUCUUUAAUUGGAUGUCUGGUGCUUUUUGCUCUCCAUUGCUGUUACAGUGUUGAACGAAGUACAUGGAUGAGAAAUAUUGAAGCAGAAUGUUUUGUAACUCUUGUCUGCCCUGUACUCCCACCUUUAAUGCUGCAUUACUGUUCCUUAUUGCCUUUUUUGUAUGAUAUUUCACAGCAGUCUUGAGUUCACAUGUUGGUCUUAAUAGUGCAUCUAGUCUUUCUUUCUUCUCCUUAUCUGUUUAAUUUUUUGUACCUGUUAAGGAUCAGUUUUCAGCAUGAUUUAUUUCCUAUAAAACCAUGCUUCUCAGGAAGUUUUUCCUGAUGGCCUGCAGCAGAUCAGUGCUUUCUGCAUCACCAUUGCACAGUGACUUGACCUGUAAGUAGAGUGUGGAGAGGGGCUCCAGAAUAAAGCAUUUAAAACUGGUCUUUGUUG